GUAGCCCAAAACAGCCCUUGAAAAGUGUUUGCCGGACCAGAAACAAAGUUACACCCCAAAAACCAACAGAAGACAAUAUUCAUGGAUUGGGUCCACGGAGUGCGAGGCACGCACUAUCAAUGAAUACUGUCCUUACAAUCACGCCACUCUGUCAGGAGAGGUUGUGUGCACAUUCAACAUUCCUAAUCCAUUGAUGCAUGUAGCUAUAUGUAUGUAAUCAAGUACUGUUUAUAGCUGCAAGUGGAAAGGGCCCAAGCUUGUAUUCAGACCAACUCACUUUUCCUCAAUAUAAUGUCCCCACCUACCACAACAUUCAGUGAGUUCGGGUUUGCACUUAGGUAAAUGCUAGCUUCCUAUAGUGGUUCAUGAUCGACGCAUCCAUUCAAAUGUACUGGUGGGUUACACAGGUGUUUUUCGAUGCCUACAACAAGAAGUUUGGCUCUGACGGAUCCCACGAGGCACUGGACUGGAAGGAAUGCACUGAGAGAGUUGAAGAGUUCAAGAGACGGUUCAUACAUCAGAAUAUCAUUGACACUGAGAUCGAUGAAAUGUCAAUGAUGCAGUGGCUUGGAUCUCUUCAGAUUCAUGAUUUCUACAGCACAAAGCAGAGACUGUUAAGUGCACAACGUUCAGAAGAAGAACUGCUAAUUAAAGGGGCUGAACCCCCAGUAGGGAAAGAGAAAACUGGGACAAAAGAAGACACAAACGUUUCUGAAGAAUCAGAAUGAUGUAUGACAUAUCGAAUAUUAAAUAACGUGAAUUGUAUCGAAUAUUAAAUCACAUAAUUAUUUUUAAAAUUAUGCCUUUGUUGUAAUUAGAUAUUUAUAAUCUAUGAAAGAAAUGUGAAUUUUCUUUGCAAAAUUCUAAAACAGCAAAUCUCUAGUAGUGUAUGUAUGUUUCUCCAUAGGAACUGUAUUUUAGUCUUUUUGUUCCAUAGGAAAUACGAGGAGGACAGUAUGAGACACAUUAUAUCAUUCACAUGUGAUGCUCCCUUUCUUGCAAGUCGCUCGUCUCAGCCGCAAAUAUUGAAUUCAACGACACAAGAAAAGAGAGAGGGAGAGAGAGAGGGAGAAAAUGGGAAGGAAUUGCAAACUAGCACAAAGACUAAAACUGAGAGCAGCGAAGUAGGAAAUGAUGCUGCAAAGUGUGGUGAUGAACAGAACGUAAAGAUGGAAGACGGAAAUGCUGUUGAAAAGAGUGACAGUGGUGCUGACUGUGGACACAUGGGGAAAGAAGAGAGCAAACAAUCUGCAAAGAAAGUCGAAUUCAUGACUUUGAAAGUCAAAGGUCAGAGCUUCAUGAUUCACCAGAUUCGGAAGAUGGUGGGUCUCGUUAUCGCCAUAGUGAGAGGGUUUGCCCCGGAGACGACGCUCAUUGAGGCUUUUCAAAAGGGGAAGGUUGAUAUUCCUAGAGCACCUGCAUUGGGACUACUUCUGGAGAAUGUGUUUUUCGAUGCCUACAACAAGAAGUUUGGCUCUGACGGAUCCCACGAGGCACUGGACUGGAAGGAAUGCACUGAGAGAGUUGAAGAGUUCAAGAGACAGUUCAUACAUCAGAAUAUCAUUGACACUGAGAUCGAUGAUAUGUCAAUGAUGCAGUGGCUUGGAUCUCUUCAGAUUCACGAUUUCUACAGCACAAAGCAGAGACUGUUAAGUGCACAACGUUCAGAAGAAGAACUGCUAAUUAAAGGGGCUGAACCCCCAGUAGGGAAAGAGAAAACUGGGACAAAAGAAGACAUGAACGUUUCUGAAGAAUCGAAUAAUGAUGUGUGA